AUGCAUCUCAUGUACACCGAAGACCCCGCGACAGGUCGACGAACCUACACUCUGCGCAAAGUGCUUGAUGGCACUGUCACCAAAAGCGCGCACCCCGCAAGAUUCUCUCCGGACGACAAGUACUCAAGACAUCGCGUUACUCUGAAGAAGAGAUAUGGACUUCUCUUGACACAGCAAGAAGAGAAGAAAAAAGAGUAG